AUGAUGGACCGCGAUGAAGUGUGUCAUAUGCCCAUUCCGUUUGAUUGGAGGGAUGAGCGUGAUGUAGUUCGGCGUGAAAAGAUAAAGGGCGUGGGUGUUGUUUCUGGGGCAUCGUCUGAGUCUUUGGUCACUGAGCUUGAGCAUUUGGAUGGCAUGUCGUCUUCGGUGUCAUCCUUUUCGUGCGCCGUUAUCACAACACGCCACACGAAACGAUUUGAGGGGGACAACUGGAAGUGUGUGUUGGAAAACCACAUGGAGGCGCUCCGCAGUACCUUCGUGUUAGAAGCGGCCAUAGCUUGCCAUAGGGAACCAGAGGACAUUACGGAUCUCGAGUUCCGACUUGGCAGCUUAUACGUUACGUUCCACGUCUCCCACGACGCGGAUGUCGGGGAGAGUGAAAUCCAGGAGCGUGUUGAUCUGUACCCUUUCCGUGAGGUGUUACGGCUGUAUGCGAAUCGCGAUGCUCCGCCAAACGGCCUGGAUGCAGCACUGAAACGCAUUUCGGAGCUUGAGGAGGAAAUGAAGGAGAAACUGGAGAAACUGCAAGACGAAAAUUUGAAGAAGUUGGCUGAGCUUGAAGAAGCAAAGCGGGCGAUGGAGGAGACGCUGAUGCGGCAACUUCACGAUCGGGAGCGGGAGUUUUGUGAAGCACUUGGAAAGUCGCAGGAAGAGCUGCGUGCCAGCGAGGCGGAGAACAAGCGCCUCGAGGAGGAAUGGAAAAGGGCGCUCGAGGCGAUGAAGCGGGAGCGCCGCCGGCUUGACAAGCAUGCAAUGCGCCAGAACGAGUUGAUUGCGGCCAUCAUACAGGGGAAUAAGAAGGAGAUGGAGGCAAAGGAACGGGAAUUUGAAGAGAACCUGCUCGAAAAGGAUGUCAUUAUUGAGAACCUGCGCGUCCGGUUGCGCUCAAAAAGUGAACCAGCCAACGGGGAAAUGGUUUCGCGUGCUGCGUCUGUGGACGCUGACCGUGCCGAGGAAUUUGCGAAACUGAUGGGCCGUAUGGAGGAGAUGGCUAUUUUGCUCGAGAAAACGCAGGAGUCGGAGUCGGAGGCGCGUGGGGAGAUUCAACGUUUAUCCGAAGCACUGAAGCUUUCAGAGGAGGCACGUCAGUCGGACGCAGUCAUUUAUGAGAACAACUUUCUGGCAAUUAAGCAGCAGCUGCAGGCUUUUCGCGACACAAAACUUGCUGAAGACCUUCAAAAGCGUCAAGAGGAGUCCCGUUCUCGCCGUGGCGCAAAUCUGAGUAACGAGGAAAGGACAAACGAGACUAUUGUGCGUCAGUAUGAAACAGCGUUGGAAAACAUCAUUGGAACUCUACAGGAUCGCCUUACGAUUCUUCGCGAAGAGUAUGCAUCUUUUCUGAAGGUGUCCGAAGAGGAGACAGCAAACGAGAAGGAGGUACUCAAUGAACACGAACAGGACAGCCAACGCGUGCGUCAAACGUUCCGCACAGCGGCACUUACGUUGCAGCGCGUCUUUUGGAGCACACGCGAGAAGGAGGUGCCGGAGGUCAUAUCGGAGUUAGAUAACGCGGCCGCGGCCGCAGAAAAGUCCAGAGCCGCCGUAAAGGUCACUUUGGCAUUGCUGGAUUCGCGUCUCCAGUCGUUCAGCGAACAGAAGGAGUGGAUGGAGACACACCAGCAGUCGCUAGAGGAUCUUCUUGUGUCCCUUCGACAGUUAAACAAACGGGCUUUUGAGCGCCAGCUGUCUCUAAUGAACGAGCGGGUGGCAAGGCCUUCCAGCACCCCGUAA